UGGAACCCUCCUUGAAGCUCCGCUGCAUGCUGCUGCGGUGCGCCAACGUCGGCUCUCUUCUCCUCGCCUCGAACGCCCUUCGCAACGUGGCCAAGAUGAGCGCAGCAGCCUUCGAGGUCGACCCCGAGUAUCCGGGCACGGCCAUUGGCAGGAUGCGGGCCAGCGUGGAGCGCGCCAAAUCUCUCACCGCCGACGAGCUGUCGGUGGAGUGGGAGGACGCACGCAAGAGGCACCUGCUUCUGUGGGCCGCUGGGCUGCGCGACCUCACAGACGUGCCGCCCGGCCAGGGCUACACUGGCCACGCCUUCAACGACUACAACCAUUGCGACGCGACUUGCAUGCUCGGCGACGUGGCGCACAACCUGAACGACGGGCAAGACCGUGUCGCCGGCAUCGCCGUCAACAACCGGCUCGGGCCCGGCAUCGAGCGGGCGUCGCUGCCUGAGCUCGGCGUCGGAGGCUCCUGGUCGACGUGCACCAACGGCUGCAACCGCGAGCCGCCCAGGGACGUGGCGCAUGUGCAGUUCCGCAGCCGCGUCGCCUUCAAGCUCGUGUGGUGCCCGCCCACCUUCGCAAGCUUUGUGCUCGUCGACGACGCCGGCGGGCUCCUCUGCUCGGGCACUCCGCGCGGCGCCCUUCCCGCGCUGCGCGAGAGACAGGCGAACUUUGACGUCGUGCGGGGCUCAAAAGAUCAAAACAACAACACAGCUUUUUGCUAG